GUUCAAUCUGCGUCUGUUUUCUUGUAUUUUUAUACGGCCGACGAGCUGGUCUUUUUGACCAGCUUUAUUACUCUUCACCCACUGCGGCCAGUCUUCAAGGUGCAUGUUUGGAAAUUGGUUCCCUCACCGUCCCUUCACCACUCCCUAACUCCCUUAAAGUUACUCCCUUAGCAUCUCUCUCACGCAGUACCUAACUUUGGAGAGGAGGGUUAAAAGCUUGUCGAGCUUGCUCAAAUGUAAAUCUUGCCGCUCUGCGCCCUUCGCUCGACCUCAGUGUCUUUAGUUGGGUCUGCAUUCACUCCGCUCGCAUGUUGGGGAAUUCAUUUGGAAUAUCUGGGGGGGCUCUGUAGGAGCACAAGAUGGAAAUGAACACCACCGCCACCUCGUCCUUAACAGAAGAAGAGGCGUAUCCUAAGCCGGAGGUUGCGAUCCUCUUUUUUGGGUUGGCCCUGAUCUUGGGCGCGCUCUGCAAGCAGGUGUUUGCCAGAACGCCCGUGCCGUACACUGUCGCCCUUCUCAUCAUUGGCAUCAUUCUCGGGACCAUUGAUGAGAAUGCACAUGAUGGACUUGGUACUCUGGGAGAAAGCAUCCAGAUGUGGGCCAACAUUGAGCCAAGCCUGAUUCUGUUUAUAUUCCUUCCGGCGCUGCUGUUCGAGAGCUCUAUGUCCCUGGAGAUCCACCAAGUCAGGAAAUGCAUCUGGCAAAUGGCCCUGCUAGCAGCACCGGGAGUCCUCAUCAACACCUUCAUUCUGGGAGCCUUGCUCAAGUACGCGUUCCCCUAUUCGUGGAGUUGGAGCCUGUCCCUAACGUUGGGCAGUCUGCUGAGCGCAACCGACCCGGUCGCCGUGGUGGCGCUUUUGAGGGAACUGGGGGCCAGCAAGAAACUGAGCACCAUCAUUGAGGGGGAGUCGCUUAUGAACGACGGGACGGCCAUCGUCGUGUUCCGCCUCUUCUACCGGAUAGUCGAAGGAAGCGCCUUCAACUUUGGAAAUACCAUUGUGUACUUCCUGCGCGUCGCGGGGGGCGGGAUUGCCAUUGGCAUCGGGUUUGGGCUGGCCGCUGUUUUGUGGCUCGGCUUCGUAUUCAACGACACGCUCAUCGAGAUUACCAUCACGCUGACGUCAGCAUACAUGGUCUACUUCGUGUGUGAAGACAAGGCCGAGCUAUCCGGUGUCAUCGCUGUCCUAUUCCUGGGCAUCACGUUUGCCGCCUUCGCCAAUACCGCCUUUACGGGCGAGAACAAGAAGAGUCUGCAUUACUUCUGGGAGAUGGUGGCAUACAUGGCGAACACUCUCAUCUUCAUUCUCAGCGGUGUCAUCAUCGCGGAGGCGAUUCUCCGCAGCACGGCCAGCAUUGAGGGGCGCGACUGGGGCUACCUCAUUCUGCUCUACGUUUUUGUACAGCUGGCGCGCGCCGUGGUCGUGGGGGCUUGCUACCCUCUCCUAACCCGCAUGGGUUAUGGGCUUAACUGGAAAGAGGCGAGCGUGAUGACGUGGGCGGGCCUCCGCGGCGCCGUUGCUCUGACGUUGGCCCUUACCAUUGACAGGAACUACGAUGUUGUCAUCGACGCGAAUGGCAAACCCCAUGGAGUCACGCCCAAGAACCAGGCCAGGGUUCUGUUCUUCACCGGGGGCGUUGUGUUCCUCACGCUGGUGAUCAACGGCAGCACGACGAAGAAGCUGCUUUCACUGCUCCGAAUGGAUAAGAUGACGGAAUCGAAGUUGCGCAUCUUGGAGUACGCCAAGCGCGAGAUGCACGACCGCGCGGUGCAGUCGUACGUGGAGGUCGGGGAGGACGACGAGGAGCUGGGGCCCGCGCACUGGCCGUCCGUGCAAAAGCUUGUCACGUACCUUCGAAAGGAAGAGUUCCCUGAGGUUGCGAACCCGUUCGGCGGCGUUCUGACUGACCAAACGGACGAGAUGCGCAGGAUGAGGAUGCGGGAUGCGCGGGUCCGCUUCUUGCGAGGCGUGCAAGCCGCGUACUGGGACCUUCUCGACCAGGACCGCCUCUCCCAAUACGAAGCGAUCCUGUUAAUCCAGUCCGUCGACCGCGGUCUCGACGACGAAACGGAGCUCGGCGAUUGGGACGAGCUCAAACCCUACAUGAAACUGCCCACGUGGCUCAAAAUGAUCCAGCGAGGGUUGAACCAGUGCUCGCCGAACACUCUGGUGAAUAGCUUAGUGGUGGGCUCUUUGGAGCGGGGAUGCUCGAUGGCGGCUGGUUAUCUGAGGGCGCAUCACCAGGCUAGAUUGCAGCUGCGCGACUUUUUGGGCAACAACGAAUUGGCCGAUGAGGUCAUCCGUGAGAGCCUUAAGGACGAGGCGCAGGCGCGCGCGUUCCUGGAUGACGUCGGCAUGUCGUUCCCGCAGGUGCUGACGUCAGUCAAGACGCAGCAGGUGGCAUUCCACGUGCUUCGUGAGUUGACCACGUACGUCGAGGAACUAGACGAGGCGGGCCUCAUCGACACGCGCGAGAUCGUCCACCUACAUGACGUGGUUCAAAAAGACCUCAAGAAGCUGCGGCGGGCGCCUCUUCUGAUUCGGCCGCAGCAUGCAAUGGGCAUCCUGCGAAGCACUCCCCUUGGAAAGCACGUCCCCGAACACUUUGAACAGAUCGUGCGGCGAGACGCGAGAGAGCGGACGUAUCUUAGAAAUGCGGUGCUGUAUAAGGAAGGGUCGGUGGGGCAGGAAGUGUACAUAGUCGGAACCGGGUUAGCGAAGGUCAUUACCGUUGAUACUGCCGACGGGGAGCGCACGGUGUCUCAUUUCAUUCUGGGGUCCGGCUCGAUCCUGGGGCUCUACGAGGCGCUUGCGGGAAACCGGGCGAAACUUUCGAGCGCAGUCGCGGACUCUGUCUCGCUGUGCUACGUUCUAGAUAGGAACCGAUUGAUCGACAUUGUGAAGUCCGACGUCCGUCUCGCGGAGUACCUUUGGAAGGAGAGCGCGGUCAUCUUGAGCCGACUGGUCCUGAAGCGUACAGUCGAGCACCUGACCCUCCAAAAGAUCCGCCUGAUCAUCAUGGAGAACAGCCGCCUCCAGCACUUUGACGAGGGAGAUGCCGUCAACAUCCGGUACGGGGAGGUGCUGAUUCUGCUCGAAGGCAGUCUCAAGAAUACGAAGGGGUUCACUCUGGUAGCACCAGUCGGCCUCGCUCCGGACGUGUCCGCUCUUUUCGCAGGUCCUCUGGACACCGUCCAGCUCAAGUCCGAGCUGCGCUACACCGCCGAGACCAGCUCGCGCGUCCUCUUCAUUCCCCUUGGUACUCACAUCCACCACGCCCCGGCCACAAUCCCCGAAGACCACCCAAAACCACUCACGCGCCGCGCGCUCAGCGAGAACGAAGCCACCAUUACCGCGAGCAAGGAAAUGGCCGCAAAACUCAAGGAGGCGCUGCUACUCGAACAGCCGGAAGCAGCGCGCCGCAGCAUGGUGGACUUGCGGAAGCCCCCCGGGGGGCCGACGAUGUCGCGGAAGCCCUCGGGAAAACGGGUCGGGGACAUGAACCGGUCACCGCUCGGGCCGUCGCGGAGGGCGAGCUUGGAGGAGGGGGGAUUGCUCCGGUCUCUUCCCCGGCCGCCGAGCCGCGCGCAUUUGCGGCCGCUCGCGGGGCUCGGCGUGCAGAUGUCGUUGAGUCGGGAGCCGUCGUUUACGCAGGGGAUGAGUCGCGGCAACUCAUCCGGGCACCGGAGCGGGUUUCUGGACGGGGGGAGUGCUACUCCCGAGGAGCUCCACGUGGCCCCCGUGGAAGAAGGGGACGAUUUGGAGGCGAUCAUUGUUGAUAGUGGGGAGGAUCUCUUCUCGGAGAAGAGGCGUUGACGCACGCGCGAGAAGCGCAGUGCGAUGAAAAAAUGUUGUGGUGUGUGGUCGGCGGAGCAUUGCGAAUCCGAAAGGUGAUAUACAAGAGCAUGCCUAUUAAGUAGAGCGAGUGACUGUUAUAUUUUUUUUUGAAAAAGUCAAAAGUAAAAAAAGUUGCAUAGUACGGGAUCUGUGCAGGUUCCUUCAGAUAUGCAUCUUAGGUACGUUACGCUGAACAUUCGACAUUUCGUGCGUCACCAAAACAGUGUUAAUUUUAAAAAGGUCCUCCGAUUAACAAAAUAACGGGCUCGUUUAAACGUCUAGCAAGUAAUUCAGAGCGCGACCGAGUCCGAUCAAUCUCUUCCUGGGCCGCUGUCAAAAUGAAAACGCAAUGGUACACCAAGACGAUAGGCCCGAGCUAUAGUGCAUU